AGUAAGUCAAUGAUUAUCGAUUGCAGGUGUAGUGAUCCAAAGUUCAGCUGCUUCAGCGAAAAAGCUCCCCUGCAAAAGAUGAGAGGCAGACGGGCAUCAUGGCUCUGAAAAACACAUUUUUAUUUCAAAUUCUUAAAUAUGGCUCCGUGGUUUGCGGCUCUCCGCGCAGCGGCAGGGCUGCAACCGCCGCCAUCCUGGGACGGAGCCCCUUCCGGUGCUACUACAACAACGCCGGUGAACCCAGGUCCCGAGGAGGAGCGGGCGGGACGUCCCACGCUCGGGUGGUGGACCUCCGCAGCGACACGGUAACCAAGCCCGGUCCGGCCAUGCGGCAGGCCAUGGCCGAGGCUGAGGUUGGGGAUGACGUGAUGGGGGAGGACCCCACAGUUAAUGAUUUACAGCAGACUGCAGCUGAUUUGUUUGGGAUGGAGGCUGCAAUAUUUGUCCCCUCUGGCACCAUGAGUAACCUCAUUGCAGUGAUGGUGCACUGCAGAGAACGCGGAGAUGAGAUGAUCGUAGGGGAUCUCUCGCACUUGCACAUCUACGAACAAGGGGGGAGCGCGCAGCUGGCGGGAGUCCACUCCACCACAGUCACCACCCUUCCUGAUGGGACAUUUGACCUGAAGCAGCUGGAGGCAAAGAUCCGCCACGGUUACCCCGAUCCGCAUUACCCACGCUCUCGCCUCAUAUGUGUGGAGAACACACACAACAUUCAGGGGGGGCGUGUGCUGCCGCUGCCCUUCCUGCAGGAGGUUCGUGCUUUAGCAGACCAGUAUGGUGUGUCUCUCCACAUGGAUGGAGCCAGGGUGAUGAAUGCUGCCGUUGCCCAGGAGGUGCCUCCAUCUACUAUUCUGCAGCACACACACACCGUCAGUGUGUGCCUCUCUAAGGGUUUAGGCUGCCCGGUUGGUACUGUGCUGGCUGGACCACGUGACUUCAUCUCCAAAGCGUUGCGGUGCCGUAAGGCGCUGGGUGGAGGAAUGCGACAGGCUGGUAUUCUAGCAGCAGCUGGCAGGUUCUCCUUGGAGAAUAUGAUCGGGAGAUUAGUGGAGGAUCAUCGCAAUGCAAAAACCUUCGCUUUAGCUCUGCUCGACUGCAAGCCCCCUCUGUUUGCUGUGGACGUGUCUGCGGUGGAAACAAACAUCCUGCGCUUCGCCCUGCAGGAUUCCACCAUGACCCCCCAGGAGUUCUGCACCCGCAUGAGUGAGGUCGGGGAGGAUGAGGAGGCGGCUCUGGGGCAGGGAGUGCAAGUUCUCAUGUACCCCCAUUUUGGGAACUCUGUCAGAGCUGUGUGGCAUCUUGGGAUAUCCUCAGAGGACACUCGGCUCGCCAUCCAGAAAAUGCGAUUUGUGGCUUCUCGAUACUUCACAGGAAUCCGUCAUUAAACAGUGAAAAAAAAACAUAAAUAUUUAAGAAACCAUUUGAACCAAAAAAAUAAGAAGAAUCUCAUAAACAACUACAAAAUAAGAAAAAAAAAAUAAAAAAAAGAAAAUAAAAGAGAAGGUACUUUGGAUACUGGCUUCUUUCUAUCAAUCAUUUACUUUACUUUUUAAAUGACUUACAAUAAAUUUCUACCUGCUGACAA